AUGGCUUUUGUACACGACAGUUCUGAUGAAUGUGCUAAAUCUGAACUGGACAUCUUUCAAAUACCUCCUACACAGACAAGUAUUGAAAAAUCCCUAUAUGUAGAGUCUCAGCCCAUAGCGGCACUUGCAGACAAUGCGCCGCUGGAAUUUUUUAUAUCAGGGAGUGGUGAAUAUUAUUAUGACCUAAAUAACACACUCUUGUACAUACUUUGUAAAAUUGUUAAACAAGAUAACACAGUUAUAGGGGAUGGGGCUCGUGUGGGCUUUAUCAAUUACCCUAUAGCCAGUCUCUUUAACCAAGUGGAUAUAACUUUGGGUGAUCGACUCAUUUCACAAUCUGAUAAUCUAUAUACUUACAGAGCUUACAUUGAAACCCUCCUGAACUAUAGCCCACAAACUCUAUCUUCACAAUUCACGGCCGGCUUAUUUUAUAAAGACACAGCCGGCCAUCAUCAUGAUAGGACGCCUAAUGGGGAAAAUACAGGAUUCAACAAAAGGGCCCGGUUUACAGCCGGCUCAAAAACUGUAGAAAUUAUAGGGCCCAUUUAUGGUGAUGUUUUUAAUUCACCGCGCCUGAUUCUGAAUGGACUUGAUCUCAAAAUUAAACUAUCCAGAAAUAAAGACGCUUUUUGUCUGAUGACUGCUGAUGCUGAACACUAUAAAGUGCAAAUAUUACAAGCGGCCCUCUAUGUUAAAAGAGUGCAGGUCUCUCCAGCAGUCAGAAUAGGCCACAGCCAAGCGCUGUUGACAACAAACGCAAAGUAUGCCAUUGAUCGAGUUUCUCUGAAAGUAUACAGUAUACCUGCAGGCACAAGGAUCACAAACCACGAAAAUCUCUUUCUGGGGCAAAUUCCUAAAAUUGUAAUAUUAGGAUUUGUGGAUAAUGAGGCUUUCAGUGGAAGCUACCAGAGGAAUCCAUUAUGUUUCCAUCAUUAUAAUAUAAGUCACGCGGCUUUAUAUGUUGACGGACAACAGGUACCUGGUGGGAGAGGAUUUCAGCCUACCUUCCAAAAUGACGCAGCAAUUCGUGAAUACAUGGCCCUUGUACACCUUUCUGGCAAGCAAAAAUCAGAUAAUGGGAUUUCAGUGGAUCGUGAAGAGUUUAUGAAUGGUUUUACUUUAUUUGGAUUUGAUUUAUCACCAGAUCAAGAACCCGGAGCACAUUUCUCUCUAGUAAAGACGGGCAAUCUAAGAGCUGAAAUAAGAUUUGCAGAACCUACACCAAACACCAUUAAUAUGAUUGUAUAUUCUGUAAAUGCAAACAUUAUUGAGAUCAAUAAUAGAAGAGAAAUAUUGUAUGACUACAAUUAA